AACACACAUUAUAGCUUUGAUGAAAACGCUAAUUACCUCAUAAUAACUUGUGAGCAGCAUAAAGUCAAUUAACAAUGGCUUCUCUAAUUGCUCCUUCCAAACACUCUCCAAUUGAAGAUGCAGAAGCUCUUCAAAGAGCUGUUAAAGGUUGGGGAGCUGAUGAAAAAGCCAUUAUAGCAAUAUUAGGUCAUAGAAAUGGCACUCAAAGAACUCAAAUCAGACAAGCAUAUUAUGAGCUCUAUCAGGAAGAUCUCAUCAAACGACUUGAGUCCGAGCUAUCCGGUGAUUUUGAGAGAGCAAUGUAUAGGUGGAUAUUAGAACCUGCAGAACGUGAGGCUUUGUUGGCUAAUAUAGCACUAAAAAAUGCAAACAUGAACUAUCAUGUGAUUGUGGAAAUUUCAUGUGUUUCUUCACCUGAUGAGCUUUUUAUUGUGAGACGUGCUUAUCACGACCGAUACAAACGUUCCAUGGAGGAAGACGUGGCUACUAAUACCUCGGGUCAUCUUCGUCAGCUUUUGGUGGGGUUGGUGAGUUCAUUUAGGUAUGGUGGGAGUGAGGUGAAUACAAGAUUGGCACAAUCAGAAGCUGAUGUACUUCAUGAGGCUAUCAAAAACAAGAAUCACAAUCAUGAAGAAGUAAUUAGAAUCCUUACAACAAGAAGCAAGACACAACUUGUUGCAACUUUCAAUUGCUAUAGGCAUGACCAUGGCAUUGCUAUCACUAAGAAAUUGUUGGAUGAAGGAUCUGAUGACUUUCACAAGGCACUGCGAAUAGCCAUUAAUUGCAUCAGUGAUCAUAACAAGUACUAUGAAAAGGUUCUUCGAAAUGCAAUGGAAACAGUUGGAACCGAUGAUGAUGCCCUCACCCGAGUAAUCGUUACCCGGGCUGAGAAGGACUUGGAAGAAAUCAAAAAGGUCUAUUACAAGAGAAAUAGUGUUCACCUUGAGCAUGCAGUGGCCAAAAAAACUUCAGGAGACUACAAGAAGUUUCUCCUUACUCUAAUGGCAAAAGAAGAAUAAUUGAAGUACUUUGUUUUAGAUACAAGGAAUUUACAAACAUCAGUAAAAGAAAAUCUAUAGCAGCUUUGUGUGACUCAUUUGUGAGUGAACUAUACCUAUUGUUUGUGACUCAGCAUCAUCGAUUCAUCACAUGUAUAAUCUUACAAAACAAUAAUAAAAUGUAUAAUGUAAUCUAUGAAGCACAAACACGAACAUCUGACACUGGUAAUCAUUUA